GGAAACCUGCGUCGCGCUUGGAAGUGUUCCAUUCGUCGCAUUCCUUUUUUGCAUGGAGCUGCACGACCAGAAGAAGCUCCGAUGACACGAGAACCAGCCCCGCAUUUCUGAUGAUCCCUCCCCAUGCCGUCGCUCGCCGAUCCCUCCUCCUCCGUUCGCUCCCGGCGCUCCACGCCCGGUCUCUCCCUCCUCACCGGGACAAGCCCACGAGCUGGAACACCGCCCACGCCUUCGUCCUCUCGAACCCGCUCCUCUCCCUGCUGGAGCGGUGCCGCUCCAUGCCCCAGCUGUUGCAGGUCCAGGCCCAGAUGGUCGCCACCGGCCUGGCCUCCGACGGGCUGGCCCUGAGCCGCCUCGUCGCCUUCUGCGCCCUCUCGGAGUGGCGGGACCUCGGGUACUGCGCCAGGAUCCUGUGCGGCGCCGAGGACCCGAACGCGUUCUCGUGGAACGUGGGCAUCAGGGGGUUCGCGGAGAGCGAGAGGCCGGGGGAGGCGCUCGUUCUGUACCGGUGGAUGUUGAGGAAUGGCGGGUCGAGGCCGGACAAUUAUACUUAUCCCCUGCUGCUGAAGAUAUGUGCCAAUUCGUCGAUGAAUCGCAUGGGCCGCGGAGUUCUUGGCCAUGUGGUGAAGUUGGGAUUUGAGGGUGAUUUGUUCGUGCGCAAUGCGGUGAUCCAUAUGGUCGUUUCUUGGGGCGAGGUGGGGAAAGCACGCGAGGUGUUCGACGGAAGUCCCGUGAGAGACUUGGUUUCGUGGAACUCUUUGAUCAAUGGGUAUGUGAGGAGUGGGCUCGCGGGUUAUGCUUUGAAGAUGUAUCGUGAGAUGGAGGCAGAGGGCGUUAUGCCGGACGAGGUCACGACGAUUGGCAUGGUCUCUGCAUGUGCCCAGUUGGAGGAUUUGAAACUAGGGAGAGAAUUUCACCGAUUGAUUGAAGGGAAUGGGCUGACUUUGACUGUGCCCCUCGCCAAUGCUCUUAUGGACAUGUACAUCAAGUGUGGGGAUCUCGAACAAGCGCAGGAAAUUUUCGAUAACAUGAAGACGAGAACUUUUGUUUCUUACACCACGAUGGUCGUUGGAUACGCAAGAUUUGGGUUUCUAGACACGGCUCGUGAGCUUUUUGAUGGCAUGCCUCAUAAGGAUGUUGUUCCAUGGAAUGCAUUGAUAGGUGGCUACGUUCAAGCUAACCGUAGCAAGGAGGCUCUAGCCUUGUUCCAUGAAAUGCAAUCCAGCAACACAAGACCAGACGAAGUUACGAUGGUUACUUGCUUAUCGGCUUGCUCACAACUAGGGGCUCUUGAAGGUGGGAUAUGGAUUCACCACUAUGUAGAGAAACACAAGCUUUCCCUCAAUGUUGCCUUGGGAACUGCUCUUAUUGACAUGUAUGCCAAGUGUGGAGAUAUUCCUAGAGCUCUCCGUGUUUUCUCGGAAAUGGCGGUGAAAAAUUCCUUAACCUGGACGGCAUUAAUAUGCGGUUUAGCUCAUCAUGGGUGUGCACUGGAUGCUAUAUCUUUCUUCAGGGAAAUGAUUGGUAAUGGACUGAAGCCAGACGAGGUCACAUUUCUGGGGGUACUAUCUGCUUGUUGUCAUGGGGGUUUGGUUGAAGCUGGGCGCAAUUUCUUCUCUCAAAUGACUUCUGAAUUUAAUCUGUUCCCUAGGCUCAAGCAUUAUUCUUGCAUGGUAGACCUUCUUGGACGGGCUGGUUUACUGGAAGAGGCAGUAAAGCUUAUCGAGAGCAUGCCAAUAAAGGCAGAUGCUGCAGUUUGGGGCCCAUUGUUUUUUGCUUGUCGAGUUCAUAGGAAUGUCCUGCUGGGACAAAAAGUGGCUUUAGAACUUCUAAAGUUGGAUCCUCAUGACAGCGGUACUUAUGUUCUAUUGGCGAAUAUGUAUGGAGAAGCAAACAUGUGGGAAGAGGCUAGGAAGGUGAGGAAGCUGAUGACAAAGAGAGGAGUAGAGAAGACUCCGGGAUGUAGCUCAAUUGAGGUUAAUGGUGUUGUUCAUGAGUUUAUUGUUAGAGAUAAAUCACACCCUCAAUCGGAACGGAUUUAUCAAUACCUUGUCAUAUUGACAAGACAGCUGCAUCUUGUCGAGAAUAUGGUUGGUAUUUUUAAUUUGGGUGCCCAUUCUCUUUGAACCUGAUUGAUACCGGCCGGUGGCUUGAGGCUACUGCAGCAUGUUGACUUGAGCUCAAGUCUGAUGGGCACAUUAUGAUGCUCCAGAAAUUUGAAGCGGUGGUCAUUUUAUGGGCACCUGCAGCAUGCAGGCAGCUGGACUAGUUCACGCAGGAUAAAAAUUAUUCACCAUGUACUCCUUUUGGAGUAAAUCACACAUGUUAUGUAUUGGGCUACUGACAAGUGACAAGUAUAAACACGUUCUUCGGCCACAUAGAAGCAGAUCGUGCAGAUAAGAUUUUUAAUCUCCGUUAUAGCCACCAGAAGGUAUCUGUAUGUUUUUACAAGUCAAUGUUUUCAAGGAUCCUAGGUUGAAAGUUAUAUUCAGAGCAAGACUAGGACUACAAUUAGAAAAAAAGUAAAAAGAUAUUGCGAUUUAUCGAAUCUUUCUCAAAUAUUUGUUAAUUUGCUUUAAUGUAUGGAGUAGUACAUGGGACACGGUCAGUCAGGUUUAUGCACUCAUUGCAGCUCCUUCAUUAUUAGCAAGUUGUGAUGGGUGAUCAGUAUGCGUCCCGAUGUUCAAGGUACCGGCUGCCAUGCUUAUUUUAGAGCUUCCUGCAGCUAGUCCGCAUAGGAGUUAUGCCAGCUUCUCCAGAAGAAAGCUUCCCUGCUGAAGUUCUCAGUCUGCUAACUUUAAAGCAGUUCCUGCUCUGGUCGAUCUUUUGCAAUUUAUGAUACCGUUCCAGUGGUCCUGGCACUUAGAUGACUAAAUGCUGGUUACCUCUGGUCCGUCAAAGGGAUUCAAUGGUGCUGUGUUACUUGAAUCCUGCACUGACAGUCUGGUCAAGUUUUCUAAGGACACGGAAUAAAACCGGAUAUGUAGUGGUAGGCUAAGGAAGGCAAAGAAGUAGUAUAUGAUCCAGUUAGCACAGGGAGCGAGUGAGGUUGGCUACAACCUCUGUGUUCUGAAACAAGAGUUUCCAUCAUUGUGCUCUGCAGGCAUCUUGAAAUCUGGUUCUUUGACCACUAAACCCAAUCAUCCUCGAUGCUUGCGAGUGAUAUGAAGUUAUGAAGUGAAACUAUUGAAGUUUUGACUGCAUAUUUGCUUUGAUUUCUGGGGCUCUGGAAUUACGAGGAUUCUGCAAUCUUGUAAUCGCUAAUUUAGCAUAUUUCUUCCCUCUGAAGUCGAUCUUGGAACGGAUAGUUCUCUUAAAGUAGUGAUGAUAAGUGGUUGUUAAAUGAGUACGUGAAUCAGAUUUUGCUAC